UAGAGCCUUUCAGCACUGCUGCUAUAUCCUGCGUCUGCUUAUAGAAAGCUUGCGGAUCUCUAGACAUGGAGAACACAACAUCACCACACUCUUCAUGCGUCAGCCCGGCAGCAACCAUGUCUGCCGGCGAGAGCAGCUGGGCGAUGCACUUUGCCGACUUCCUGGCGUCAUCGAACAACAGACAGGAGAUGGAUCAUCAAGGGGGUGGAGCCUCUGAGAGUAGCUUCUCCUCUGGCUUCUCUUCCUCCUUUGAUUCCUUGGGCGACGACAACGACGACUCCUUCAUCACGUCAGACUUGAUGGAUGAAGAUGACGAAGAUGAUUCUUUGCAGGACACUGCUUGCUCUUCCGCAGCUGGCCCUAAGGUAACCAGCAUGCAUGAUAUGUGGAUGAAGUCAAUUCUAACGAUGGAUGCAAAAACGAUGGACACAACCCAGCUGGCCAAGUACUUCCUUGAUGCAGGUUCGAGGCAGCAGGCAACUGCAGGUGUGGCUCAAGAAGUGAUCAGUGGUGGAAAUAACAAUGAUAAACAGCUGUACGAGUGUAGUGAUCUGAGGAAGAAAGGCCUUUGUUUGGUCCCUCUCUCCAUGUUGAUAGAUUACCUAGGAUGAUUACUGUUCAUGUACUGCAAGAACUCUGGUUCAGUUAUAUAUAAUA